GGGCUUGGGGCGGUUUUCCCUUUUUCGGGGAAAUCAAAGCCAUGCACUGAUGCUCCGAAUUAGGGGCGGGAGUAGCGAGGCCGCAGGGCUUCCCAAGGAGCCGGAGCCAGCCAACACGCAGGGCUGGGCAGGUCGGGCCGGGAGCAGCGGAGAGCUUUGUUUCUCUUCUCAGCUGAAUGGCGGCUCGGGCCGGGCCCGUUCCAGCGCUGUUCCUCAGCUGCGGCUUUCCCCUCACGCAGCCCGGGGGGCGCUGGGAGCGCGGGGCGGGGCUGGGCCGUGUGCAGAGCCCGCCCCUCGCUCCGAUUGGGCGGUGCUGCCGUCAGUCGUGGUUCUGGCGCGCUGAUUGGUCGGAGCGGGGAGCAGCCCGGGCCCGGAGCCGCCGGCAGGGCGGCCGUGGCGCAGCAGAGGCGCCAUUGGCGGAGCGUCGGUGCGGGCCCGGGAGCGGCGGCGGCGGCGGCGGCCGGAGCCCCCGGUGAGGCGGCAGCGGCGGAGCUCGGAGGCGGCCCCAGCGCAGCAAUCGAAUCCCGCCCAGCCCAGAGUGUGAGUGUAACUGAGAGCCAGAGUGGAAUUCUCCCGCUGUCUCCCGCAGCACCUGUGGCGAGUGCAGGCACAGAAAGCUCUGAAGCUCGCCCGGUGCCAGCGAGGAUUGGUCCCCAGUGCCUGGAGAUGCCAGAGGAGGCGUGGAAAACACACAGUAACUAAUGAUACCUUGUCGCGACGGAGAGAAGACCCAGACGCUCAAUGAUUUCCCAUUCCCAAGCCUUGGCCAGAUAUAGGAGGAGGCUGCGAGGAAGAGGAAGAUGCCCCAGGACACCCAGGCAGACAAGGAGCUGAGGAUGGAGCCCAGGGAGGACAAAUCCCCACAGCAGAACCUGGUGGAAGAGGCCGUUUUGAGCAGCUCCCUGGCACAGGAAUCCAAUGGGGAGGAAAAUGCCCGGAGAUGCCGCAGGAGGAGGGGCUGCAAACGCAGCCCGGGGUGCUCUGAGGAGGAAAGACCCACCCUGUGCCAGGAAGGUGGCUGCAGAUCGAGCCGGAGCUCAGAUCUGGUGGUUCACGAGCAGCUUCACGCUGGGGAGAAGCCCUACGAGUGUGGGGAAUGUGGGAAGAGCUUCAGCCACAGCUCCACCCUGCUCCGCCACCAGAUGAUCCACACUGGGGAACGGCCCUAUGAGUGUGGGGAGUGUGGGAAGGGCUUCAGAUGCAGCUCCACCCUGAUCCGCCACCACAUGAUCCAUACUGGGGAACGGCCCUAUGAGUGUGGGGAAUGUGGGAAGGGCUUCAGAGACAACUCCACCCUGCUCCGCCACCAGAUGAUCCACACGGGAGAGAGGCCCCACGAGUGUUCCGAGUGUGGGAAGAGGUUUCAGACCAGUUCCAGUCUCCUCCUGCACCAGCGGAUUCACACGGAGGAGAGGCCCUUCCGCUGCCCCGACUGCAGGAAGGGCUUCACACAAAACUCCCACCUUGUCAGACACCGGCGCAUCCACACUGGGGAGAGACCCUACGAGUGUGAGGAAUGUGGGAUGAGCUUCAGCCGGAGCUUCCACCUCAUCCGCCACCAGAUGAUCCACACUGGGGAACGCCCCUACGAGUGUGAGGAGUGUGGGAAGAGCUUCAGCCAGAGCACCAACCUGAUCUUCCACCAGAACAUCCACACUGGGGAAAGGCCAUACAAGUGCUUGGAAUGUGGGAAGAGCUUCAGCCAACGCGGCAACCUGACCGUCCAUAAAAAGAUCCACACUGGGGAGAAGCCCUACGAGUGUUCCGAGUGUGGGAAGAGGUUUCAGACCCCCUCCAGUCUCUUCCUGCACCACCAGAUUCACACAGAGGAGAGGCCCUUCCGCUGCCCUGACUGCGGGAAGGGCUUCAAGCAAAACUCCGGCCUCAUCAUCCACCGGCGCAUCCACACCAGGGAGAAGCCCUACGAGUGUGAGGAAUGUGGGAAGAGCUUCACCCACACCUCUACCUUGACCAGACACCAACAGAGGCACCAGUAAGGGAAGCCCUGCAAGUGCCCCGACUGUGGGAAGAGCUUCGUGCCCUGCUCCAACCUCAUCCCCUUUUGGAGGAGCCACACUGGGAAAAGCCCUGGUGGCCCACAUUCCCUGUGAUCCAUAUUGGGAAGACCCCUGGCUGGUUAUCCUUUUAUUUUGGCCCUAAUUGUCUUCUGAUUCAUCCUCAUCACUUAAAAACACCCAAAAUAGGACUAAAAAGAAAGAAAUUGAUCACAGAUGUUUGAAGUUCCACCAUUUCACAGGUAUUUGAGGGGGAAUUUAGGGUUUGGGGACAUAUUCUGGAGUAUUUGUGGGUUCUUGGGGGAUUUUGGGCAGUGUUCUCCAUCUCUUUGCACUCCAAAAGCCAAGAGGGAUCACCUCAAAACGACUCAAUCCCACUGAAAACAAUUCAAUCCCACCCCAAAAGGGCUCAAUCCCACCUCAAAAUGGCUUGUUCCCACCUCAAAAAAACUCAGUCCCAUGCCAAAAUUACUUGAUUCUACAGCCUCCAGGGUGAGAUGGGGUUGAAAGGUGACUGGGAUCCAGAUUUGGAGGGGUGGGAUCAGGAUUGUGUAGGGCUGGCUCUGUGGGUGGUGUUUUGAUAGUAAAUAAAACUUUCAGAAUGACUGA